CAUCGCUCAGUAUAUAAAGCAGGACAACGACGGGAGGAAGACGGCUGGGGAGUCGCAGCCCGGGGAUUGUAAAUAAGACCACAAAAACUGUGUUUUAUUUACAAAAGCGAUACCGGCUCUUUUAAAAGUACCGCUCACAGUCGUUUUAAGUCUUUUUUGUCGUAUUUUUUUGGCUCUAUCUCUCGCCCAUUUCCGUGUGGUUUGUACACUACGCGUAUAAUGGCGAGCUCGGCUAACUCGAACCAAGUGCCUAAACUAUAUAGGGGGGUAAUCGAGGAUGUGAUCAACGAGGUGCGGGAGCUGUUCCUGGAUGAGGGAGUGGACGAGCAGGUUCUCCUGGAGCUGAAAACGCUAUGGGAGAGCAAGCUGCAGCAGUCCAAGGCAGUGGAGGGCUUCCACACGGAGGAGCAGGCAGCCCUGCAGGCCGCUCAGCAGCAGCAGCAGGCCCAUCAAGCGCAGCAGGUGCCUCAGCAGGCACAGACCCAGCAGGUUAUCCUCCCCCCUCCGCAGCAGCAAGCACCCCAGCAGCAAGUCAUCGUUCAGGAUCCCAAGAUUCUGCAGCACAUGAGUGCCACGGGGAUGAGUGCAGCAGCCACCGCCGCCACCCUAGCGUUACCCACAGGGGUCACCCCGUACCAGCAGCUCAUCACCAACCAAGGCCAGAUCCUGCAGGUGGUGCGCGCUCCCAACGGGACGCAGUACAUCAUCCAGCAGUCCCAGCAGCCCAUCGUCCUGCAGCAGCAGAUGCAGCCCGGUGGCGUGCAGGCUCCGGUCAUACAGCAGGUUCUGGCUCCUCUGCAGGGAGGGCUGUCCCAACAAACGGGAGUCAUCAUCCAGCCGCAGCAGAUCGUCUUGGCUUCAGGAAACAAGGUCCAAGGCAACACACAGGUGGUGCAGGCGGCAGCCAUGGUGCAGCAGCCGGGCCAGGCGGCCAUGGCGGCCGCCGCCGGAGGAGUGGCUCAGGUCCAGCAGGCUCAGGCCGCCGCGCCCCAGGCCCCCCCGCAGCCCCAGGCCCAGCAGCAGACCCAGCCGCAGCCCCAGGCACAGCAGCAGCCUCCCAUGAUGCUCCAGGUGGACGGAGCGGGAGACACCUCCUCGGAGGACGACGAGGACGAGGAGGAGUACGACGAGGACGAGGAGGAGGAGAAGGACAAAGACGGAGGAGAAGACGGGCAGGUUGAGGAGGAGCCUCUGAACAGUGAAGACGACGUCAGCGAGGAUGAAGACCAGGAGCUGUUUGACACAGAAAACGUUGUGGUGUGCCAGUACGACAAGAUCCACAGAAGUAAGACCAAAUGGAAAUUCCACCUGAAGGACGGGAUCAUGAAUCUUAACGGCAGAGAUUUCGUCUUUUCCAAAGCCACCGGAGACGCCGAGUGGUGAAGGGGAGGAAAAGCGUCCGGAGCAGAGACUCUUAACUCCUCCUGUCCA